GAAGAAGAUUGGUUUGGCAAGUAGACAACAGAAUGAGAGGAAGAGGAGCGUAUUCAAAAUUCUUGUAGUGCUUGUGCACAGCAACUUGGCCGUGGAACUACAAAGUGCUACAAUACUGUAAAAAAAGGACCUUCUGAAUAAAGGACAUCUAUUAUAAUAAAGGUUCUGUACUUACAUGUAUAUCCAAAUACGGGACGCCUCAAUAUGGCUCUGUUCUAACAUCCAAAAAGGGGCGCCUCUGAAUAAUACCUGAUAGACAAGCAAUGUUUGUGUGUGUGUGCAGGUGAAUCUGGAUAGGGUAGGUUUCUACCGAGUGUCCUACUCCUCUGAGCUGUUCCAGAGUCUGACCCCUGCCCUCACUAGCCACACCCUCUCCCCCCGAGACCGCCUCGGACUGCAGAAUGACGCAUUUGCCAUGGCUCGGUCAGGAGUUGGUAGUACAGUUGACGUACUGGCUCUGUUCGCGUCCUACUCUACUGAGACCAGCUACACCGUCUGGGAGAGCCUGGCUGGCAACCUGGCGACCAUCAGUCGUCUUCUCUCCCACACUGACUACUACCCCAGUUUCAAAGCCUAUGCCCAGAAGAUAUUUGAGAAGGCAGUGGCCAGACUUGGCUGGGACAGCAAGGACUCUGACACUCCACUGGACUCAAUGCUGAGGAGUCUGGUGAUAGGAGCACAUGGGAAGUAUGGAAAUCAAGCCACCAUUGAAGAGGCUAAGGCCAGGUUCCAGAAGCAUGUUGAAGGGACAACUGUGCUGCCAUCAGACCUGAAGUCAGCAGUGUUCUCUAUGGCCAUGGCUAAUGGAGACGAGACCACCUUUGAUCAACUGGUCAAGCUCCAUGCUGACACAGACUCUAACGAGGAGCAGUCAGGAUAUACAGGUCUCUGGGAGCUGGCAAGACUGAGGCCCUCACCAAGAAAUGCCUCGAGUUUGCUGUCUCUGACAAGGUUCGACCCAAUGACCUGUGGAGUCUGUUGUUCUCUGCCAGACAGGCCAGUCCUCGGUCCAGAGACAUGGUCUGGGAGUUUGUGCAGGAGAAAUGGACAUGGCUGAAGGAACGCUACCAGGGCAGCUUCCUGCUGGGCAGGGUUGCUGAGGUUUGUCAAGGGAAAGACAGAAAGGCAGAGAAAGGGAAACAUGCUCAGUCCUAAUGUGGAGAUGUAGCUACAUAUAUAUAUAUUUUUUAUAGUCCCCGAUUAGCAAGUGGGCCGGGUUGGCUAUCAAAUGCACAGCCUCAUUGCCACGCAUGAGUGCUGCAUGAAACGUUUUGUGUGAAUAUUAUCACACUUUGGCAACCUAUAGUCGCUGUUCAUUCAGUGAUUGCACACCAAAUUUAAACUGUGCACUGUAGGUGGCCACGUCAGGGUUUGUUACAGAGGGGAAGGCAGUGGAGGUUGAGGCGUUCUUCAAGAGCAACCCAGCUCCCUCAACUGAGAGGGUGGUCAAACAGAACUGUGAGGCCAUCAGACUCAACGCCAAGUGGCUGGAGAGAGAUUCCAACGCCAUCCAGGAGUGGCUCAAGAACCAGUGAACUCAGACUGAAAUUUAUUUGCAUAGGGCGUGUGUAAUGAUCCUUAGAAAUGAACCCUAGUUGGUGUCUCGG